UCUUAAACAGUAUGACAUCACGUUUUUAUUUAUAUACUCGUAACCAUUGUUGUUAUUAUGUAUCUGCAUUUCUUUAUAUUCUCCCCGACAAAACCUUACUUUAUUUUAUCUUUAUCUCUCUCUUUCUUUAUAUUUUAUUUUCAAUAUGGGUUUAAAAAAACUAUUUCACAAAGAAGAGCAUGACAAGAAAAAAUUAUAUGAUCAAAAGCGUAAUUCAAGCAAAUCUUCUUCAUUGUCUAUCAGCAACUGGACUCAUAAAGACAAAAAGCGUCAUUCUUCAGUCAUACCAACACCUACAUUAUCUGCUUCUUCGUUUGUUACAGCACCCAUAAACAAUAAUACUAGAGAAAACAAAGUCACCCAACGUCAUAGCAUGUACAGUCCAUCCACGUUCACCAAGACACCUUUGACACCUUCAGAAUCAUUAGGAGAUGUAAAUGAUGUAGUCAAUGUGCUAAGAAACUCGUCUUCCUCUGAAUUUUCUUCUUCUUUCACAACUGCAUCGAAUGAAGACUUGAAUUUAUCACCAGAACAAAUGAACAAUCCUUUUCUUGCAGGAUAUUCCAAUGAUUCCAACAAGUACGAAAUUUUAGAGGAGGAUACACAAGAAGAUGAAAAUGCAUUUCAUUCCUUGCUUUAUCAAAAUGGUCGUGUCACUCCUGACUCCGCCACAACCAACACGAAAAAGGAAACAGAAGAUUCUUUGUAUUCGGAACUACUCCAUGUACAACAACAAUUGAAUGCAGCAAACCCUAAUAAUGCAGUGCAAAUUAAAAAACAACUUGAACAUGCCAACAAACUCCUUACAAAAGCACUUGACAGUAGUAUGUCUCUAGAAACAAAAGUCAAAUCGAUUGUUCAGUCCUCAAAAGAGACGAUUAUGACCAUAGGCGAUGAAAAUAAAGCCUUAAAGCAAGAACAAGAGACAUCCAAAAGCGAAAUCGAACACCAAGCAUCUCUAUUGACACAACUUGGUCAGAAAUACGAUUCUCUACAUGCCGAUCACGCCAAAUUAGCUCAGGAAAAUCAGGAGUUGAUAAAAAAAGAUGCUCAAUUAAAAGAAGUCUCCUUACUUCUUGGUAGUACCACCACAAAUGACGAUAACAAUAGUGACUUGCAUAACAAGCUGAAGUAUGUUCUCGACCUAUCUCAAAGAGCCAGUCAGCUUGAAGAAGAACAGCGCACAAUGUCCGAAAAGAUACAGGCAUUGGAAAUAGAGCAUGCCAAUCAGAUCAAGGAGAAAGAGCAACACAUAGCGCGUAUUGAACAAGAACACACGGAGACAAAAUUAAAGUUAGAGUCCUGCACUACACAAAUAAGGGAAUUUGUGGAAGAAAAGAAUCGACUAUUGGCUCAAAUUGAGAUAAACAACAAUGUACGUAAGGAUGCAGACAAACAAGAUACAGACUUGAUAAAGGAAUUACAAGACAAGAUUAAAACUGUGGAAGAAGAGAACAAGCAGUUAAAAGACGAUUUAGUGACCCUUGAAACUGUCUCUAGAGAAGCUGCUAGAUCCGUUAUGGAUGAAAAUGAACGCUUAGAACAUCAAAUUCAGCAACUUGAACUUUUACACAGUGGAAAUGACGAAGAAGUAGAACACUUGUGUGACAAUACAAGCAAACGAGUGCUGGUAGCUGAUAAUCGACAACUAAAAUCUAAGUUAAAAAUCAUGGAGCAAGUACAAGCCGAGAACGCAAGUUUGACAGAACUCGUUGGUUGUCUGCAAGUCAGAAUCAAAGAACUCUAUCAGCCUAUGAGAAGUAAUAGUGGCAGCAAUAUACUCAAGAAUAAACUAGACCCUGACCAACAAGAAGAAUUGAUGCGUAUGCACACAAGGUCUCAACUCGGUUUGAUUGAAUAUUUGGAAGGAGAAGACGAUAUUAUGCUGACCAUGUCCAAGUUCAAAAAACAGUUAGAAGCAGACAUGAGGGAAUUUGACUCAACAGACAAAUUGAGCAGUAUUAGCCUAAUUCGUUCUGUCUCUGCCUCUCAAAGCAUGCGCUGAUUAUUUGUUUGUACUAAUUAACAACAAACACGGAUAGCGACAUUAUCAAUCCAAAUCACAUGUUAAUUACUUGAUUAUACCAUGUCACUAACCCAACCGGUUGGUGUGUAAUAAACUACUCGUAUAUACAAAUUUAAAGUUUGAAGCAUAUCAAAAAAUACUUGUCAAAUGCUAAUCUGUUUCUGAUUCAGCGGAUCGGAUACUUGAAUAAGGAAAUCGGAACGUCAGUCAGAUAAGGUACAACCAAAGAUGACAGCAAUGGAAUUGAUGUAAGACGAUAAGCCGGAUUUACCUUGUUCGGUUUUCCAACUAGGGUAUUU